AUGGUAAAAUUCUUUAUUUUUUGUUUAAAUAAAAAUUGUAUGUAUCAGGUUUUCGACGAAAGAGUCAGCAACGCACGCUAUUGUUGCAGUCCACAACACCGAUAUAAACAGUCAUCCCGUCAAAUGCAGUUGGGGCAAGGAAUCUGGAGACCCAAAUAACAGUCAACAAACGGGACAGAGGAUUCGAACCAGGGCCUCGCUAGCCAACUACGGGUCGAUAGUAGAGAAAUAUUUCGAGAACCCUUUAUUAGCCGGAGCAGGAAGAGGCCAGUGACUCAUCUUCAGUUUUGAUAUCCUCCGAUCCUCUGUUCCAGCCACUGACGGGAGGUCAGUUCCCGUACGCCUACGGCCAGCAGCUGGGCUAUUGGUAUCCCCAGUCUUACCCCCCUGCCGCCACUCAGAUGCAAGGCCAGUUCUUGCAGGGUAUGCAAGGGUACGCUUAUGGCCAGUUCGGCUACCAGCAAGGAUAUAUGAGGCCCCGUCACGGUCGACCGGUUUCAAUGAAUUUCCGAACGAGGGCGCACGACUAAGGGAAAAAAUGCAGGUAGAAAAAACAGGAUCUUUUGUGGAGGUGCAGAUAUCUGAAAACCGAUGGAAUACUGGCUGCAACGCAUUAGUUCCACUAGAGCACCAUUACACAUAUUUCAUACAGCGGGGGCCUUGUUCUCGCCCGGAUGGGAAUGCAACUGCCAGGCGCGGCUUGGACCCAGCCCCAGCUGCCGGCCCAGCAGAUUGCUUCAGCAGCCGCACUCCAGCAGCCGACUCCAGCGGGCAUGAUGGCAGCAUACCCGGCCAUGCAGCAGUUCCAGGUAACCACCUAGGCUCCUCCGUCGUCUUGGUCAGUCGGCUGUCUUGCCCCGGGUAUCAGGCCCAUCAUAAGUCCUCAGUCAUAGGGAGACAAAAUCAAAUAUAAAAAAAAAAAUUAAAAAUUACAAAAAAAAAUUUCUACAAUCGGAUACUCAUGUAUCAUUCCGGUUGUAAUAGAAAUAGAAAUUUGGCCAUCAACUUGGCGACUGUAAUUGACAAAAAAAUAUUAUUUUAAAGAUUGUUGGUGUGAUUUGAAAAACGAUAUGCCAAAAAAAAAUUGACAGAAAAUUAAUAUGAAGAAAAUAAUUACACGCUGUUUCUGUACUUUAGUACAGAUGUUGUUUUAUAAAAGUAUAGUUUAGAUGAUAUUACCAAAUCACAUUAUUGUAAAUUAUUAAUCCAUUGUUAGGUUUAAAUAUACAAAAUUAUUAUUUAUUAUACAAGUCACAUGAUUAUACCAUGACUCCAAUUAAGGUUAUAUGUAAUCAUUGUUAUAAGGAUAUUAUCUGUGGUCAGUCAGCACAUCGCCAUUUCGUUGGGAUUUUAUAAAAUAAAAUCUUAAUUAAAUUUUUUAUUAAUGUAAUUUCAAUGUUUUAAACCUGGGACUUGACUAGGGCCCUGAGAUUUUAGUCAUAUCAUUUGUCGCGGGCGAUGUUAGGCUGACCACAGACAGGAGAGAGAGCCCACUGACCAACUCCUGCUUAGCUUGGCCAGUUAUCGUUACAAUAUAUAUAUACACCCCUCGGACUGUAUUGGCUUGACCCAAGCAUGAUGCAUUUUGCUUAUGUUGAAGUGACCACGCACCACCCUGCAUGUCCCUUCCUUGCCAUACCUUGCACAGACAGGGAAAUAAAGAACAGUUUUACAUUAUUUCAUUUUUUUUUCUCUCUUCAUUCAUGUUCAUGAUUUAUUCUUUUUAUUUUUCUUUAUUUGUAUUUUUUGUGUUGUGUUCACUCUCCUUUUACAGAGGGAGAAAUUAAAAAAAAAAAAAGUUGAUAAAAUAUUUAGUUUUGGUGUUGUCUCCCUUGUGAAGGGUGUCACUGAGCACAGAAUGCAGGCUAGCUCCCCACUUAGACAUUAGUCACCCAAACCGCUCACUUAUUAUAAGCUGCUAGGGACCGACAGACCUGUGCGCAGGGUAGCGCUAGCAGGACUGCCGGUCCACAGAUGGCGGUGUGUUGAUAUUGUUCCUGCCCGCAGAUGGCCGAUGAAGAGUGGCUUGCACCAAGCCUCCUCGUCUGAUGGUAGAGCUGCAACACCUGCCCGCAUCCACCACUGACUUCACUUUCUUGAGCCUGUUCUUUUUUUUAUUUCCCUGUCGAGCGUGGUCUGUAAUCCAACACCCUAUCAUCGAACCUCUGGUCCCGCCCUCAUUGAAAGAUAUACUCAGCUAAUGUUUUCUCUGUUUUUUGCCUGGAAAAAAAGACUUUUGUUGGGGACAGGAAAAGAGGAAAAUCAUAUAGCUCAGCCCAACCACGAUCUUAACUGUAUCAAUGAUAUAAUUUUAUUUAAAUAAAAACAACAAAAAAAACAAACAAAAAAAUCAGUAUUAUAUGUGUGUCUGUUUUAUGGGAGUACAUUUUUGAGUAUUCUGUAUCUGUAUUUUAGGGAAUAUAUUUGGUAUGAAAAAUAUUUUUAAACAAAAAAAAAAAGUCAAAAAUGGAUGGGAAAAUCUGUGAGUCGUUGGGCACUCUCCCACAAUCCUUUCCGUUUGUAUAAAGUCCCUUCCCUCGUCCCUCAGCCCUGGCAAAGGCUCCGAAAAUUUUAACCAAUGCUGUGUGCGUGACUCAUAUAUCUUUGUAUAAAGCAAGUACAGGCUUAUUUCUUUAUGCAGAUCUGUAAAAGCUGGGGUGUAUAUUUUAUUGUAAGUGGAUGUAUGUAAAUAUAUGAAUGUCUCAUUCAUUUAUAUUGACAAAAAACAAAAACAAAAAAAAAUUAACAAGGUGAUAUCCAAAGAUCGAAAUAGAUCAAUAAAAAUUGUAGAGUCGCAGAUGGUAAAUAGUGUUUUGUAGUUUUAGAUAUAUGUAGUGUUAAUAUAAGAGUAUAUAUAUAUAUAUAAAUAUAUAAAUAAAAUAUAUAUAUAUAAAAUGAACAGAAAAGUGAAAACUAGUGUUAGGAGCGAGUAUAUAAUUAAAAAUUAAAAUACAGUGCAGAUAGGACAUUUUUAAAUUUGCGCAGGGAUACUCACAUUGCCGCCGCCUUCCCGGCCUUAGAAGGGUGGGAUAGUAGAUUAAUUUUUUAGUAUUUAUUUUGUAGGCAGGGGAGGUGGUGUGGUCAGUAUCCCUAGAGGCCUGAGGCCUGUCAAUUGUAGAGCCAGGUUCUUUUUGUACAUAAUCAGCGUGCUAACUUGGGGGGGAUUUGUUACCUUGUGGAGGGAGCAUCUCUCCGCUGGGGACAUCUUUUUCACAGAAAAAAAAAAAACUACAUGUUUAAAAGUAACAAUUAUUUGCUAUCAGUAGGGAUAUUUUAUAUGGAAGCAAAAAUUAUAUAUAAUAAAUAUAUAUAUAAAUAUAUAAACGGGGCGUUUUCAAGGCAGGUUGAUAAAUUUCGGAACAGAAAGUAGCUGUAAAUAUCGUUUAGCUGUCGUUUUGGCCGGUGAGUUUUGUUUACGUUUGUCGAUUUACCAGAGUGCACUGCCAGGUAGACAGAGAGAGGAUCUUGUUAGAGUUUUAAAACAAUGGUGGCAUAAUAAUAAUGAUGUUUAAUUAUAAAGAAACAAAAAAAAAAGUAAAACAAAAAAAAAGAAAAACUUAGUUGGACCGUACUGUAGAGAGCGCACGUAUAGUUGAAAACAUGCACAAAUUGGUACCCCUCCUUAACCCAGUCCUGACCCUUCGUUAGAAUAUUGCCAGGACAGAAGGGCUCUUUUGUGUAAAUUCAAAUUGUCAUUGCGACCCUGUGUAAAGCGGCUUUGGGAAAGAGCUGGAUUGAUGAGUAGUAGCCUUCGAGCCAAAGAGAAUAUUUUAAAAUAAAUGUUUUUAUUUUCCCAAGGCCAGCUCAAUUGUGAAAAGCCCUGUUGUAUAAUUAAAAAUAUGUUUUAUACAAUGCUUUGGCAAACAAAAAUGUUUGAUAUAUAUAUGUAUAUAUAUAUAAGUAUAUAUACAUAUAUGUUAUAUAUAUGUAUUAUAUAUAUAUGAACACUUUAUGGCCGAAAAAAAAGAAAUGUAAUAAAUAAAAUAAACGGGAAUGUGUAUAUAAUAAAAGUUAAAUGAGUGUGUUUAUUUACCCCUGUUGUUUUUACUGAUUCUAUUUAA